UACGUGACCAUUGCGCAAUCUUGCUGUGCGUCAACGUAUACUUUUUAAUGCGGGAGAAACAUCUAGAAGAGGUUUAGCAAACGGCCCAAGAAGAAAGAAGAGACAGCACGCGGGUGAUAAUCCAGAGGAAUAUUUAUGAUCUACCUUGAGAGCACACUCCAUGCAGUGUAGGCACUGUAAAUACACCUGCCCCAGUCAAAAUCUGCUUCUGAGACACUACAGGCUCAAGCACUGGCACCCAGGCCGACGUGCAUCAUUGUUGUGCCUGUACCCUGAGUGUGUCUACACUUUCAGUACACCAGAAAACCACAAUGUUGCUGCGAGUGAUUGUGAAUCCAGAGUGCAUAAAAAAGCUGACACUCCCCCAAGUGCCAUCAUCAAUAGAUGAGCUCAAAGAAAUUCUAUGUGAAAAACUAAAGAUUGAUCAAAACUUUGUGAUCCAGUAUGAGGACCCUGAUUUUGGUGGUCAGCUUUGCAAUUUGUGUAACAUAGAAGAACUUCCAUCUGAUAAAGUCACACUGAAGAUUAUCUGGGAGGUCUUCAAAACUGCAUCAGUAGCAGAACUCCCAGGAAAUGAAAGCACAGGGUCUGACACUGACUUUACCCUAGACACAGCAAGCAUCUCAUCCAAUCUGUCCAGUCCAUCUUCUUCAUCAGUCAGGGAAGAACGUUGGCCUUGUGUUUUCCAAAUUCCCAAUUUCUCCUAUGAUGUAGAGUUCAGACUGAGAAAAGCUAAUGAAGUGUAUGAAAAACAGAACACUACCAUGGAUGUUACACGAGAUGUCAAGAUAGAAAUACUGGACAAGUUGGCAGAAACAAUGUACUCCUUUAAAGCUUACCCAAGUGAUUCUGAAAUUGACCAAGUGGCAGUUGCGUUAGUUUCCAGACAUCCAUGUUUAAGGGAACUUGGCUGUGACACAGGAUGCAGGGGCUGGAAGAUGAGCUUAAAAUUUAAAAUGGGUAAUUACAGACAAAAAUUACGCAGUGCUGGAUGUAGUGAGCUUGGCAAUAAAAGAGAUGAUGGUUCAAGAGUACCCCAGAAGAAACCAAGAAGAUCAGAAAUCAACUUCCUUCCAGACAAUCCUGUCGGUUUAGAUGAUGCUGCACUGGAACAUGAAAGGGAACAGCUUGAGCUUGAAGUCAAGAAAAGGAACAUGGACAUGAUGAUACUGAAUACCAAAAUGGAAACUACAUUCCCUCUCAGGAGAAAAGAAAUAGUCAAUGAUCAACCAUUGGUCUCUGUCAUCAAAGAAAGAUGGCCUGGCCUCUUUUUGGAGGAACAAGUUUGCACAGAGUUCCAAAGGAUCACUUGUGUGGACCUUAAAACGACAUUCAUGACAGCUCUUAACAAAUAUAGCAACUGUCUCAUCAAAAUGUAUCGAGCAAAGAGUAAAGACCUUGGAGAUGAAAUGAAAAUGAUCCUGGACCAUUUUGAUGAGCAGACAACAGACAUUGUAUCACACAGAUACUCUACGGCUCUACGGGGACUCCCCUUGUACCUCAGGGAGCGAGAUGCAAUAUCAAAGACUUGUGUGGACACUGAUUUAGAGGAGACAUACACAAGAGGAGUGAAACUGGGCAUUCUUGAAGUCAUGGAGGACAAUCUCUCGCAGGCAACAAAGAGAUGUCAAAACCUCGCCAUCAUCCUGGAGGAAACUGUGGUUGUGGAGGACCUACCAGACUUUCCCACUGCUUUCAUGGUACUCUUUGGACUUCUCUAUGCGCUAAACAUUGAGUAUCCAAAAGGACUCAAAUACACAUUUGAGGCAGUGCAGAACAUCUUUGUGGGAUUGGGAGAAAAGUGUACCAACAGAGUUCAGUCCCUGAAGAAUAAGCUUUUUACUCUGUAGGGAGUUUAAGAUGCUUUGUGUUUUCAGAUGCUUUUAUUGUUAAUUGGUACCUUCGGCAUAAUGAUGGUGUUUGUUAGGAUAUUGUGUUAAGGUGAAUUUUAAAUUCAGACUUGUAGUCUUGAAUUCUCUAAAGUCAACGCAUAUUUGUUUACUUGAUAUUCGUUGAUAUACUGUUCAGUUGUACUAAACCUUUCAUGUUUAGGUGUAUCAGCACUUUGGAGAUGGAUGGUCUAUUUUACAUUUUGAAAGAUUGUGUUCCUCAUAUGCUACUGUUUAGUCACUUUUCAUAUUCAUAUUUAGUGGCAUUGUUUUAUAAAACUGUUUUAACAGCAGUGUGUAAUUUUAGUUGCAGUAUUGCAGUAUUUCAAUUUGCAGUGUUGAAUCACUUUGGCUUAAAUAUGUUUGAAUUUAAAAAAGACUUGUUACAGGAUUUUUGUGAUGGUGCUAGCAAGACUUUCAUUAUUGAUACACUUUGGACUGUUAGUGCAAUUAUAAGACAUUUAUUUCCUUUGAGAAUAUUUAAAGGGAUGGUUAAAUCAAAAAUGAUAAUAUCAUUUACAUUUUUCUCAAACUCCUAUGACUAUCUUUAUUCUUUAGAACACAAGAAUAUAAUUUUAUAUAAAUGUAAUCCAUAUGAUUUAAUCCAUGCCUUCUGAAGCAAUACAAUCAGAUGUCAAGAUUUUUUAAAGAGUUAGAGUAAGAUUUUGAUCUUUCUCCCAAAAGUAUUGCUUCAGAAAAAGUUGAUUAAACAAUAGCUGCAUGUUUUUGUGCAUGUUCCACAGAAGAAAGUAAUAUGAGUUUGAGACAGAAAAAGUAAAUUAUAAUGAAUUAUCAUUUGAGUAAACUAUGCCUUUAAGAGAAAUUCUUGUCACAAUGACAGCUAACUGAAAUUACAUUUAAUUGCCUUACACAUGUUUGUGAAAGUAAAUUGCUGUUUGGAAUAAAUGUUUUGUUGUGUUAA